GAAGAAGAAAAGACAAAGAAAAAGAAAGAGAUGGAGAGUAGAGGGAAAAGAAGUGUGUGAGAGACAGCCAGAAAGUGUAAGUGAACAAGCAAGAGAAGUCUAAGUGUGUAUAAAAUCGAGCAUUAGACAGUGGAUAGAUACAGUGGUGUGUCAUCAACAGGUCAGUGGACUUACCGGGGGGAUUAUGUCCAAACCUUCGUCCAACGUCAAGGCCCUUCAGGCUAAUUUGAACAUCCCGAUGGGAGCUUUGCGUCCAGGGGCGGGACAUCCUGUCAAGAGGAGAGAGGAGACAGUAGAAACAGUAGAGGAGCCUCAAUCACCCGACCAGACCAGCGCUGCAGCCCAGACGCCGGAGGAGAAGAAGGCGUUGCCGGGUGCGGUGAAACUGCCUGGGCCUGCCGUUAACCUAUCAGAGCUGCAGAACGUCAAGAGCGAACUACGAUGGGUCACCAAGGAAUAAUGUAUAGGAUCCCCCAGCCAGCCAGCCAGCCAGCCAGCCAGGCAGGCAGGCAGGCGGAGAGGAAAGCAGAUAAUCUUCAUAGACACAGACUUGCCCACUGCCACUGAAGACUAGCAAAACUACAAGCUAAUCCAAACAUGUUCAGAGACACAAACACAAACAGCUUCCUGCGAAGUCCACGUCUGCAGAAAAUGUCCAGCAACUUCUACUACCACCGAGAAGCAGGCAUCCAUAAACUGUCAGUCUUUCAAUCAGUACUCUAGCAGUUUGAAACAAUAAAACAUGUUUCUCCUACCAUGUCAGUCGAUGCUGUUGUGUCACUAAAUACAAAAUUAAAUCAUAAUUCAUGCAAAAAAAAAAAACAGAAAAAAAACAAAAAAAAAAGUGUCUUGUGAAGAUGAAGAACUUGUUUUUCGCUGCAGCUAAGACUCCUCUUUACUCGGGACUUUUGGAAGUAUGUGAGUUGUAUUGCAUUACAGAGAUAUUCUAUGCUUUUGUUUUGUUUUGUUUUUCAGGGGUUGUUUUAACGAAAGCAAUAUUUGUAUUUAAGUCUGGGUCAUCUGGUGACAAUCGACACAAUCAACUGUGACUCCCCACUAACUCUGUGAUGACCAACUCUUUUCCAUACUGUCAAAGCUCCAGCUAUUCAACACUGAUUUAUACUGAUGCUUUCUAUUAAGUUAUUUCCUUUCUAAAUGUUGUUCACAAUUUGUGGGAUUUCAGUUCAAUUGUGCUACUUUUUAGGGGGAAAUUAUAAUAUUGUAUUUGUUUUAUGGUUAUGAUGAUGAAUAUCUUCAGGAAAAUACUGCAAUAAAUCCAAAUGGUUCUAAAA